CAUUUGUUCCUGGCAUUGGAACAUUUGUUCCUGUCGUGCUGAAACUGGUCCGGUCUGAUCAGUGGCAUCCCAUCACACCCCCGCGCCGAAAGAGCGCGACUGACACGGGGAAACGCCCGGUCCGCGCUCUCGUCGCUUGCGCGGAUACACGGUGUACUACGACGUUAACGGAACCAUUAUAAUAAUCAAGAACCGGCAUCAACAAAAAACCGAUUGAUUUAAAAAUCAAGAUGGCUGCCGAAGGUGAAUAUGAGUCGGUUUUGUGUGUCAAACCUGACGUCGGUGUUUACCGAAUCCCACCGCGGGCGUCGAACCGCGGCGUCAGGGCAGCAGACUGGAAGCUAGAUGCUCCUGACUGGACAGGUCGACUGCGGGUGACAGCCAAGGGCAAAGUUGCCUAUAUAAAACUAGAAGACAAGAUCUCAGGGGAGCUGUUUGCCCAAGCCCCGGUGGAUCAGUAUCCCGGUAUUGCAGUUGAAACCGUGAGUGACUCGAGCCGCUACUUUGUACUUCGGAUUCAGGAUGACAGUGGUCGUAGUGCAUUUAUUGGCAUCGGAUUUGGGGACAGAGGAGAUGCGUUUGAUUUCAACGUGGCUUUGCAAGAUCAUUUCAAAUGGGUGAAGCAGGAUAAUGAACUGAGCAAGCAGGCUCAGAUUCCAGACUUAGGUCCUAAAUUAGACUUAGGCUUUAAAGAGGGCCAGACCAUCACACUUAACAUCGGGCAAAGCAAAAAAAAAGACAAGACCCGCCCCCAAAGUUCAGGUGGGUUUGGACUCCUUCCACCACCUCCGAGUGGAAGGAUCGCUCCGCCUCCUUCGGCAGCCCCUUCCAAUCACAGUGUAGAACCAUUGACUAAAGUCAGUGGCACAGGUUGUUUGCUAGACUUAGACAGCAAUAACUCAAAUUCCCUGGUCCAGCCUGCUUCCUCCAGCACAACCACAGACAUGUGGGGGGACUUCACAUCAGACAGCUUGUCGUCUCAGCCAGCCAAUCAGGAGUCCUCCUCCAUGAGCUGGGUUCAGUUCUGAGGGUCCAAUCUCGCUGUUCCCUUACUUGUUACACACACACACACACACACACACACACACACACACACACAUACACACACACACACACACA